AUGCCUUAUCUAGAGGCUAAAAGAAGUGGCACAAAUUCAGAAAAUGAGGACUCAGAUAGUUCAAUAUUUGAGGUGGAGCUCCUGCAGAAUAAGGCUGACUCAGAUGUUCAAGUACCUGAGAAUGGACAUGAACUAGAUGAGAGUGAAAUUAGUUUUGUGGACUCAGAGUUUGUAGAAAAUUUAGACUCUAGGAAGUCACAGAUUGGAAAUUUGUUCAACUUGUUUGGGUGUGCUAUAAGUUGGAAAUCUCGCCUGCUGCAAUCAGUUUUUGCUCUAUCAAUUACCGAGGCAGAAUAUAUGGGGCUAACAGAAGCUGUGAAAGAAGUCAUGUGGCUUAAGGGAUUGUUGGAGAAUUGGAGUGCAACUGGGGAAGACACAGUGAGCAAAAAGAUUGUUCAGGUUUUGAAGGUCUCGAUAGAUGACAAUGUGGAUAACAAGCUAAAUAAGGCACUACCUGGAUAA